AUGGCUUUCAUGGUGAAGUCGGUGGUGGGCGGGCAACUGAAGAACCUCACAGGGGGGCUCAAAGGAGAAGAGAAAGGGGAAAGCGAGAAGACCCCGGCCGAGGCCCACGGCAUGACGCGGGAAGAGUAUGAAGAAUAUCAGAAGCAGCUGGUGGAAGAGAAGAUGGAGAGAGAUGCCCAGUUUGCACAGCGCAAAGCCGAGAGGGCGACGCUGAGGACCCAUUUCCGAGACAAAUACCGGCUGCCUAAGAACGAGACCGACGACAACCAGAUCCAGGUGGUUGGGGGUGACGUGGAGCUCCCCAAAGAGCUGGCCAAGAUGAUCGAGCAGGACAACGAAGAGGAGGAGGAAAGGGACUCUGUUAUCGGACAGCUCACCAACAUCCAAACCCUAGACCUGGAUUCCCUGAAGGAUAAGGCCCAGGCCACGCUAGAUGACCUGAAGCAAUCGGCGGAGAAAUGCAUCCUCAUGUGACCGGGCAGUACCUCGUUCGUAGGACCGACUCCUUCCCUCCCCAACGUAAACCUGUUGCAUUGUGG